UUGAGUGAAAGUGAUAUUUUAUAGUUCUUGAGUUAUACAUAAUAAAUAUAAUAAAUUUAUAUGUCUUAUUGAAGAUAAAUGUGUAUACAACUAUUGAAUGAAAUUUAUGAAAUUAAUAAACAUAGGUUAUUUUACAAAGUUUACAUUCAGCAGCUCUCACUCAUUGCAUCUAGUAUACAUACUUGAAUGCAAACAUUGCGCAAUUUAAAUUAGUGUACAUAUACCGCUUGCGUGAAAAUUGUCGAGGAUAUUAUAUGUUUGUGUACGCGUGCGAUCACUGUAAAUGCCUGGCUGAGACAAUCGUCGCUUAACUUAUGUUAAAUACAGGGAAGAUGUGCGCCGGCAAUUGUCUUUAUGACAGAGUACUGUGAAAAUUUCUGGUGGGCACGUCAAGGUAUAUCUUUCAAACACAAAUGUCAGACAUAGCAUCGAUGCAUAUUCCUUAUAUACCAUCGACAUAUUUGCACCGGUAAUUACUUAAUUACGUUCUCUAACAACCACUUACAAUCGUCAUGUUUAUUAAUUUCAUUUUUGCCGAUUUAAUAUUCUUCUUUGUUCUCGAUCAAUUCUCAGUUUCACUUUUAUAAACCAAUCAUUUUAUGCUUUAUCUUUUUUUUCAUAUCAGUUUUAGUUCUGAUUAAUUGUUAUUACACAAUUCUACUGUACAUUUGUAUGGAUAGAUAUCCUUCUCAGGUAAUAUAACAAACAAUGUAAUAAAUGACAACUGUUUUAGAGACUUUACUGACCACUGAACGAUUUAUCAAAGAAUCUAUUUCUCAACGAUAUUAAAUAUCCAAUCCAAUGAUCUGACUUGAUUCAGGUCUAUGGCCUUACGUUGUAUAUUGAUACGAUACAUAGAAAUCUAGAUAAAAUCUACAAAAAUGAUUACAACCAUUUUUUCUUCCCCUUUCUUUUUCAUCUUCUCAACAAAAGAAGCAGUGCCGUAAAUAUUCUCGCGACAACGCCGUGCAAUUUCUUCUCUCCCCGGGGGCGAACACGAGGCACUCCACCAUUCGUCUGUCUGACAGCUGAUUCCGUAAUCCUUUUGUCUCUCUCCUUCCUUCUUACUCUUUAACGAUUGUAACGGCGGUGCUUGUACCGCAUCGGAGAGGAAACUCGCUAGGCUAUUGGUUGGAUCUGUUAGCCAAUGGGCUUACACUCCCAUUCAUAAGUUGCGUUACUCCCAGGGGGGAGAUAAGGGGGACUCCCUUGGAGAUCAGCGAGGGUGGGAUGCUCCAUAUCAACCUUUAGAUAGAUACUCUUGAUACAAUUAUAGCAGAGAGAAAGAGUUGAUUUAAAGGGCACUAGGACCAUACUUUGUUCAACCUGUAUUGGAUCAAUUCUCAUUUCAACAUUGAUACUUUCAAUGAUGUGGUCUAGAAUUUAAUUAAAUGAAACAUAUUGAUAAAAAAGAGUUACCUGGAAUAUGAUAUGUAAAAAUAGGAUUGCUGGUAACGUUUGAAAGUUCACCAGGAACUGUAACGACAUGAACCAGUAAGGGUAGGUGUAGGAAUUAAAAGGUUGUUCGUCACGUCAUCUAGAAUAAUAAAGAUUUAUCGUUUCUUCGGUGGUGAAGCUAUCGCGGGGGGUCUAUGAAUAUAAGCUUGGUAUAGGUAAAUGGAACGGAAGGUUCGUAUAAAUGUAUGUGAAAUAUGGUUAUUGCCGAUCGUGCAUGUCUAGCACAGGCUGGAAAUAUACGCGGAGGUGGCAGUAAGUAUAUGAGAAAGGAGGAGGGAAGAAAUGUAUCUUUUAUUACGUACCGACGCGACGCAGUAAAGUCUUGAAUCUUUUUACUCUCUUAUUCUCAUAAGUACAUACAUGGUAGGCUCUUUAUCUAUUAUCCUCAAGUUGUUAGUCUUGACGGAGUCUUUGUUAGAUCACUAUGCUUGUUCAUCCAUACAUCAAUAGCCAAUAUGAUCCAGAAGUGUCUUACGUCAUAAGACAUUUACAAUAAUUGCUUUCCCAUCGUAUACACAAUAACUCUGCAGCCCUCUGCUCUAUCUGAAAAUGAAAUAAACUUUGAAAAUGAUUACAUGUAAACAUUAUGUUUAUACUUGGUUGUUAAUAGAACAUUUCCUCGUUGCAUAAAUAGAUAUAGGUUAUAUAUAUACGUGAAUCCUGUUCUGUUUCUAAACUAUUCUUGCACUUUUGCGAUCGAUCUGAUAUCAACUGUUAUGUUGAAUUUUCUUAUUUCACUAACGAGACAUUUAACUACAAUUUAUUCUUUCGACUGGGGUGUAUUUGGCUUUACGAUGAGAACCAAAGAGCUUCCCUGUAACUGUGAAGGUCAUGUGAAAUAUCUGCACUUUGUUGUAAUCUGCGUAACUAAGCCUAUAAGAGAUAAUAAAUCCAAUGUGAUGUUUAGAAGCGCAAGCGAUAGAAUAGUUUCACAAUCUCAAAGAGAAAGGGAAUCUUUGCUCCUUUCGCGCCUUCUCCACAGGGAUGCCGCGAGUUUGUGAAUAAAUACAUUACUUGGAUAUAGAUAUACAUAGUUAUGUGCUUGGUAUUCAAUUAUAUUCAACAAUUAAUGUUCACUCGUUGUGGAUAAUGUUUCAUUGGAGCACGAGAAAAUAUAUUAAUUGAACAAGAGAGAGAGAGAGAAAGAGGAAGAAAAAAAAGGGCAAUGUUGAUAAAAGGGAAUGAGUCGAUAAGUUAAUGGGGAACAUUCUCAAGGGGGUUUCAACCCCUCAUGGAUUUGUUCGGUUGUCCAGGUGAUGUCGAAUGAGCGUUGGCGGAAUGGCCAUGGUUAUCGGUGUCUCGAUGUAUAUAUUCAUUUCUCCCACUCGAGUUGUGUAAAAAGAGAGAGAGAGAAAGAGAGUGAGAGGAUUGAGAUGUAUGUGAUGGGAUUGGCGAGUAAGAGGGAGCACGAGAGAUAUCUGUGUACGCUCGAUGGCCGACUAGGCCGAGUUGCGAGGAUCGCUCGCGCCUGGGGCGUGAGCGAGGGAGAUCCCUUACCUCGUGCCUGGCUUGCUCAAAGUGAGGAGAAUGCGGCUGGUGCUGCGUUGAGACGAGCAGUUAGCGCGGAACCGUUGCCUUGACGACACGCGUGUGUGCGCAUGCGCGUUGGAUCCUCGAUCCUUGGUGUGUGAAUGAUAUCAAACAACUUGUCUUAGUCUUCAACAAAAUCGUGUGCUCUACCGCCUCUCAUUCUUCUCCCACUCGAGUGUCUCUUGUGUGCUCCCCACUUCUAGAGAGCAUCCUCGUGGUCACAUUUACGCCAGGACAUGCUGUCAUUGUAAACGUCAUUUGGCCCGGUGUUGUGGAUCAUCGCGGAGUGUUUCUUGCUCACAUGCCAUACCAACGUGUGGAGUAUCUGCAUCUCCAAUAAGUGAAUACAUAAAACACAUAUACUUACUGCAUCAGGGAAAGAGUGAGAGUUUCACCGAUGCGGACUUAGUUCAACCGGUUUUUCGGCGCGUCUCCGGGUUCUCUCAACAAGCUGGAGACAUGCCGGUCCUUUUGCCAAUCGUUCAAACUCGUUGAACCUUUUUCUCUCUCUCUCUCUGUUUCUCUUUUUUCCCCGGUCGCUCGAUCAAUUGACAGUCGACAUGUGCCGUAACAAAGUUAAGCGCGAGGUGAAGUGUUUGACUUGACGCAACAGUCACCAGUUUAAUAAAAGUGUUUUGAACUUGUCAUUUGUUAAACAUUGUUACAAUUUGCACGUGUGUGUAUAAAUAAACUCACUCCUCAAGAGAGUGAUAUAGAGAAUAGAAAAGAAGAGGUCCUUCUUCCGGGCGCAAUUGAAUGGUUCCACGGGAGACCGUCCUCGAGAGGUCAGUCUGGGAGCAUCCAGACCCGGAACAGCGAGGCUUUUACGACUCGCCGCCCCCCCGGAUGGACGUGAGCGUGUGCUGCUUGCAGCCCAGCGCCGGCUCGGGGGUCCAGCACCCUUCUUCUUCCUCUAAUCAUCAUCAUCAUCAUCAUCAUCAUAAUAAUCAUCAUCCUCAUCAUCACCAUCAUCAUCCAAGCACGUUGCCCACUGCUGGCCAACCAACUAUUCAACCACCGUAUCAAUAUGCCGAUCAAAUAGUUCCUGAUCGAGGUCAACCCGACGGACUUACGUUGAUCAACUCUUCCCAGGAUGCUUGGCAACCAAAUCCUCCUAAUGGCACUGCCGGAAUUGCCACCACUACCACGGCUUACAUUGACUACUCCUGGUUACAGAUGCAGCAGACGUCGGACUUGGACACGUUGCUCUGUCGACAAGACUUGGAACAGCUUCAGAAACUGGAUGAUGAUGAUCCGGAGAAGAGUUCGAGGGAAACACUGCCCAUUGAUGAUUUUUUUGAAACCUCUGGACCUGCAGCAUGUCGACCACAAGCCAGUUUCGUGUCUUCAAGAAGUCAACCAGCCAGCAGUGACGACGAUGUCUUUCUCAGGCCUCCACUCUGGGAGGAUAUUACUUCGAGCAUUCAGAAGCUUGACCCCGAGAAUGCCGACAUGCUUGGCUCCCAGUCCACGUCGUCCUCGUCGUCCCACGUCAAGAUGGAGACCGAUGACGUGACCUCUCCUGUUCUCUCGCCAGUAGAGAUCAAGAGUGAGCCUCUACCACCACCCCCACCGACUCUUCACCUUCUUGAGGCUCGUCAGACCAACGUGCCAAGUUUCCCUAGGUCAAAUGAUCAGUCAGCCCAUCAACGGACAGGUCUCAAGACCUUUCAGAAUAAUAAUAACAACAACAAUAACAACAACAACAACAACACUACCAACAAUAAUAACGAAUCCCAAGCUAAUCAUCAUAGUCACCAAAGUAGUAAUGCUACGUCACCUCUAUAUGGCUCCAUGACAAGGCUCAUGUAUGUCUCUCCAUUGACGCCCCCAAUCUCUGACCCCGGUUCACCUCUUGGAGGACCUCCGAGACGAACGCCUCCUCCUCCUUAUCCUCAACCACCCAUGCUGAAUCCUUCACACAGGAUUCAGCCUCACGGCAUCACCAAAUUCAACCGGAGAAACAAUCCUGAGCUUGAGAAACGCCGAGUUCAUCACUGCGAUUUCAUCGGGUGCACAAAAGUCUAUACAAAAAGCUCUCAUCUGAAAGCCCAUCAGCGAAUACACACAGGUGAAAAACCAUAUCAAUGUCAGUGGCCAGAAUGUGAGUGGAGAUUUGCACGUAGUGACGAAUUAACUCGUCAUUAUCGUAAACAUACAGGUGCUAAGCCAUUUAAAUGUGCUGUGUGUGAAAGAUCAUUUGCAAGAAGUGAUCAUUUAGCUUUACACAUGAAAAGGCAUCUCCCUAAGCAACAAAUUAAGUGACAGACUAUGCAACAGGAGGAAAGAUUUCAUACACUAGACUGGUCGUCUAUAUCCAAUGUCCAUACAGACAUGGAGCUUAAGAAUCGUGAAAAAAGUGUUGUUGGGCAACAUUUACAAGACUGGACAUUUACAGCAGCUACUUCUUCUUCUUUUAUAAGCACCAGCUUUUACUCUCAUUCUUGCGCGUAUUGAGUAUUAUAAUAAGGAAAACAAAAGUACUUUUACAAAAAUAAGAUUAACUUCAUCUUCUUUUUCAACUGAAAGUAAAAUAAUAAUUAUUAAUUACUGUAAAGUUUUGUUGCUAUGAAAAAAAUUAAGUAGUUGCAUAUGUAAAAGCUUGCCCUGUACUUAAUGUCUACGGUGGCUGGUCCACGAUUAUAUGUAAAAGAUUGAUGUACUUACAUAUUACAUACCGCGUGAAACUGGUAAAUUAAUUAGUGUUUAAUUUGUAAAAUAAAAA